ACAGCAGCUAAAACUGAAACAAGAGUUGAGCAAUAUGGCUAUGGCUAUCGCUAUGGCUAUGGCCACAACCUCCAAAAUAUCAAAUCCUUUGAUGUAUAAUUGGUCAGCGCCUCCCAUUAACGAGAAAAAACCCUCUCUCAGAAUGAAUCGGAGUUUCCGUUUGCGAACUCGAUCUUUGUCAAUAGAGACUGAAGUCGCAGACACUGUUGAAUCCCAGUCACUCGUUCGUCGCCUCAUUCUUCUUCGGCACGCUAAGAGUUCCUGGGAAAACCCCUCACUUCGAGAUCAUGAUCGCCCUUUGAGUAAAGCUGGGCGGGAUGAUGCUAUCAAAGUUUCACAGAAGCUUCAACAAUUGGGCUGGAUCCCUCAACUUAUUUUAUCCAGUGAUGCAGUGCGAACCAGGGAGACUCUUAAGAUAAUGCAGGAACAUGUGAAAGGCUUUUUGGAAGCUGAAGUUCAUUUUAUUUCCAGCUUUUAUUCUGUUGCAGCAAUGGAUGGACAAACUGCUGAACAUCUUCAACAAGCUAUAUGUAAAUACUCAACAGAUGAAAUAGUUACCGUCAUGUGUAUGGGACAUAAUAGAGGAUGGGAGGAGGCAGCAUCAAUGUUUGCAGGUGCCUUGAUAGAACUUAAGACAUGCAACGCUGCUUUGCUUGAAGCCUCUGGAAAAUCAUGGGAAGAGGCAUUUGCUAUUGCAGGACUUGGGGGGUGGAAGCUUCAGGGCAUAGUAACACCUAGUAGCGUGUAGAAUUUUAUAAAAUUCUGAAUGCUAGCAGAACUGAUGCGCGUCCUCUGUCGUCUGAACGGCUAACCUUUAAAGAAAGGAAAAAGAAGAAAAAUUGUAUACAAGUUGUUCUACUUGUCAUUCGCAUUUCUCCUGAAUCUAUUCCUCAAGAAAGUUAAUAUAAUCGUGGCCUUAAACACCAGAAAUGCAAUCAGCAAAGUUGCAAUUAAAUGGAAACUAAUCUUAUUAGUCACCAGAGAUUAUUCUUCAUCUACUCGCUGUAGAUGUUGUUCAAGAGUACAUGCAAAGGCGAUACGCCAAAGUGAAGUAUGUUGUUGUUUUUACAGUGGGUGAUGAUCUCCACUGGUUGAAGCACGGCAAAGCUAGAGCAUCCAGAAAUAAUCUGAAAUGGCCAAAGAUAUAAAGUUGUAAUUAAUGUAAAUACGUUAAUCUGAUUUAUGGAAAAUUGUCAAAUGAUUGCAA